AUGCUGCAGCCAGAGGGUCCCUGGGCCACUGAAGAGGGCACAGCCGCAGGGACCCCACGAGGUGACUGCAUCAUCUGCUACUCGGCCUAUGACCUCGCUGGGCACCUGCCACGCCGCCUCUACUGUGGCCAUACCUUCUGCCAGGCGUGUGUGCGGCGGCUUGACACGCCAGCCCACGAGCAGCGCUGGAUCCCCUGCCCUCAGUGCCGCCAGAGCACACCCACGCCCCGCGGAGGGGUGGCCAUGCUGGACCUCGACCUGGCAGCCUUCCUGGCCGUCAAGGCGGAGUGGGAGCCAUCUCGCAUGGAACCCCAGCCACCCACACCCCUCAAAGGCAGCACUGCCAUCACUCAGCAGCCGGCCGGGCUCUGCCCCAGCUUGGGCCCCCAGCCCCACUUCCCCCGGCCUAGAUGCUGCUGCGGGAGCUGCAGCAGCCUCUGCUGGGCCCCCCUGGGCAGUCCUGAGGUCUGA